GCUAAAUAAUAUUUUUGACAACUUUGUAAACACGGAAGACGAGAAGACGUGCUUUCUGAAACUCUACUGUUUGUAAUUAUUUUUAUGUGAAUUUACUAUAGAUUUUCCCGCAACUAAAACAUGGCAAAUUUUGCGACAGAUGGAAAAGUUUGCAUUGAACGUGAAAUUGAAGUUUUACCUUUAGAAGUGGAUGAUUUACUCACUCGUUUCGAUGUCGAACAAACAAGCAAAUGGAUAUCUGAAAACAACUUUUUGAAGGUUUGUCUGCAAUUUUCUGAUGAACUGCUAUCAGUUAGUGCUAGAGUAUAUGAAGAGAUUAAAAAGCGAGUUGAUGUUGAUCUGUACAUCCUUGGAGAUACUUCAUAUGCCAGCUGCUGUGUAGACACUGUAGCAGCAAUGCACGUGCAGGCAGAUGCAGUGGUUCACUACGGCCACACCUGUCUAUCCAAAUGCAAUAAACCUGUAUUCUAUGUGCUGCCGCAGAAAGAAAUUGAGGUUCCUUCAACCAUGAACAUUCUGAGAGAUAACUUUCAAUCAGGAGUUCAAUUGUGCUUAUUUUAUGGUGAAGAAUAUGAACAUUGUAAAGAUGAAAUAAAAAAUCACUGGUUUAAAUACUACCCAAAUAGCUACAUAGCUUGUGUUGAAAAAGAAGAAAAAGAAAUCAGAUUCCUCGGAAGAGUUAUUCAAGAUUCAAAUGGCAAAUGCCAUCCUGUACAAGAAUUGGAACAUUGUAUUUGUCUGUUCUUGGGAUCCAGGGGACAAACUUUGUUCAAUUACACUAUUUCUGUUGCAGCUAAGGAGUGGUAUGUCCUGGACCCUGACACAAAGAACAUUGAACACUUGGAAGAAACAACCUGGUUUAAACGCAGACGAUUCCUGGUGGAGAAGUGCAAGGACGCCAACACCGUGGGCAUCCUGGUGUGCAAGCUGGCUGGAGAACAAACCAAGGACAUCAUCAGCAGAAUGAAAGACUUGUGUCGUAUCAAUGGCAAGAAAAGCUAUAUUGUGUCUGUUGGGAAGCCAAAUGUAGCUAAAUUAGCCAAUUUUCCUGAGAUUGACAUCUAUGUAAUGAUUGCAUGCCCAGAGAAUGACUUGUACAGCAACAGAGAUUUCUACAAGCCAAUAGUGUACCCAUAUGAACUAGAAGUUGCCCUGAACUCAAAAAGAGACCCAUACUUCACAACACAUGUGACCGACUAUGAUGACUUGCUGCCUGGUAAAAGACAUUUUAGUGAAAUAGAUCAUGUGAAGGAAACCACAGAUGUGAGUCUCAUCACAGGCAAGAUAAGAGAAACUAAAGUUGGGUCCACCAUAGGCAGCAGUAUGGCUCUAGAAGAAAAACAGAAUUGGGCUUUGGAAAAUAUUGGACAGAACCUCCAGGAUAGAUCAUGGAAGGGUUUAGAGCAGAAACUUGGCGAAACUGAAGUGAAAGAAGUAGAGAAGGGUCGAAGUGGGAUUCCAUUACAGUAUGAAAAUGAACCAGAGAAAUAAAAAACGAUUUAAAACCAA